AUGAUGGAAUUAGAAGAUAGCUAUUCAAAAAGUACACAGUCCUUAAUUAAUGAUUAUUUUAGAGAAGAAGAAGAUGGUGCAACCAUAUCAAGUCAACAUAGAAAAGAAUUAGAAUCUUCAUUUGGUCAUAAAACCAUUGGAUUUUUUGGUGGUAUAAGUUUAUUAAUUGGAAAUAUGACAGGACCUGGUAUGGUUGGAAUUGCAUUAGUAUUUCAAGAAGGUGGUUGGGUAUUAACAUUGGGAGGAUUUUUAGUAAUUAUGAUAACGAGUACAUUGGCAGGAUUAUUUAUGAUAGAGUCAAUGGCAUCAAUACCUGGGAAUCCAAGAUUUCAGCUACGUGUAGAGUUUACAAUGCUUUGCAGAUUUUAUUUUGGAAAAGUUGGAUAUAUUAUAGCGCAAAUAUUUAUAAAUGUAGCAUUACAAGCGACAAAUAUAGCAUCAAUCAUCGUUUGUGCACAAGUUAUGGAUAAUACGGUGGAUGCAAUUUUUAAGAAAACAUGUGGCCUUCAGGCAUACCCAACCAUUGAGUGGAUAUGUGUCAGUGGGGCAUCGUCGGAUUCAUCUCCGUUUCCGGGGUAUAUGUUUUUUACAAUUGGUUAUUUAAUUGUGUUGGUGAUUAUUAUACCAUUGGGAUUUUUAAAUUUAGAUGAUAAUAUCAUCGUACAAGUGUUUGCUGUGAUUUUAAUGUUUACCCUUACUUCAAGUUGGGUGAUAUCGUUUAUGAUUAAUGGUUUAUCAGCUGAUAAUUUACCUUCGUUUGGCAGUGGGACGGGUAUAGCACAGAUUAUGGGCAAUGUUAUGUUUAACUAUGCCUAUAUCACCACACUACCAUCGUGGGUGAACGAGUCGAAGCCAACGGUUAAUAUUAGAAAAGCGGUUUGGCUAUCUGCCUCUGCUUCUACCGCUGUGUUUGUUGCAACUGGGAUUUUCGGUGCUUUAGCGUUUGCACAUAUGCCAUCAUCCUCUGAUAUUCUCAGUGUUAUCAAUUCACAUCAUGGUAAUAUUUUGACUAGAAUCUCAGUUUACGUAUUCCCAUUUGUUGUAUUGGCAAGCUCAAUUCCAGUAUAUAGUAUCGUUGUGAGAUACAAUCUAAUGCAAAAUGGACUAUUACCAAAAUGGAUUGCAAAUGGUGUCGCUGUAUUAUUACCUUGGUUAGUGGUUAUUCCAUUCAUGACUGGUGAUGGUUUAAAUUACAUCUCAAAUUAUUCAAGUAUUUUCUUUAGUUCAAUUGCAAACUUUAUAAUACCUCUAUUAAUCUAUUUGAAAUCGAUUCAAUUUAGAAGAGGUCAUAGAAAAAUGACCCCAGAACAACAACAAAUCCUUAAAACUUUAGUUGCCGAAACUAUCGAUUGGGAAGAGAAUCAUCAUAAAUUCACCUAUUAUGCUGAACAUCAUUCAAUGUUUAAAGUUUUUGAAAAACUAAAAAGAAUUCAAUCUGCUAAAAUUUCAUUAACAUGUUUAAUAAUUUUAGGAAUUUUAAUACCAUUAGUAAUUGUUACAACUUUUGUUUUUCCAAAUUCUAAUUAA